GUGUCGUGAUGAGCAUGUAUGCACGUUCAGUUGCUCACUAGGAGUUGCUAAGUGAACAGCUGCUGCACACAUGUUGAAAUUUCAACACCGGUUGAAAUCCCCAAACUGUUUACAUUUUAAUUAGUUUAGAAAAAAAAAUUAAAACUAGCCACACUACUCUAGACUACACUAGAGCCUCAUUCUGUCAUGUCAUUCUCUUUUUCAGGUAUGCAUAAUAGGCAAAGGAAGGAGAUACAGAAAGGCCGAAGAGGCUCUGGUUGAGAAACAGCGAAGUGAUUAUAUCAAGAGACGUGAGGCUUUAUUCACAGCCUCAGGGGUCAGUAUGAAUGUCAAUAAAAGUAGCCAUUAUAGACCUAAUCACAAUGACAAUGGACAGAAUAUCUCAACCCCUGUGAACGACUGGGUGAAUGGUUUUCAACCAAGAGAAAAGACGGAGACCAUUAGGAACUGUGCAGCCCUUCCGAGGGAUUUUGUGGAUGCAGUGGUUCUAAGGGUAGCAAAGGCCUUGCUGAGUCUGACUGAGAGGAACACGGAAAGCAGCAGUUGUGGUGAUGCAUGGAACACAGGAGGCAGUAUGUUGAUUAGUGAAGUAGUCAACCUCCUGGACCAGUCUUCUCUGCAAGCACUAAAGAAAGAGUGUGGUGGUCUCCAGACUCUACUGAAAAACAACCACCAGGUGUUCAGAGUGGAGGGUGGAAGGGUCUUUAUUCGGGACUGGAGGAAAACUACACUGGCACAAAGCUCUAGAGUGACCUCCAAGCGCAAACCUCCUCCCUCAGGUGCCGUGAAGACCCGGCUUUGCUGGUUCCACACCCACCAUCCCCAAGGAUGCCCUCUGCUCUGUGAGCACUGUGCCUUUGCUCAUGGAGAGACUGACUUGAAAAAUCCCCAAAGAUGAUUCGGACCUGAGCAGUAGAUUGUUUUUGCUCUAUUAAUAUCAUUUGAGAUAUAUAUAUA